AUGACGUCAAACGCUGCUAUGGCAACCGUUGAUUGGUGCCCACAGCUCUCGGGGCUCAGCGCAGCCGCAGCUCCCCAGCGCGCGCCCUGCCCGCCCGCGCUAGAGGGCGAGCGGAGGAGCACGCUCCUCUCCCGCUACCAACUCCUCCCCACACCGCUUUCCUUUCAAGUUGUCUACUCGUGUCCCCAGCACUACUGGGAAACUUCUCAGCAAAAGACGGAAGGUGCCGAGAAAAAACAGCAGAUGGCUCGAGAAUACAGAGAGAAAAUUGAGACCGAGCUAAGAGAUAUCUGCAAUGAUGUACUGUCCCUUUUGGAAAAGUUCUUGAUUCCCAAUGCUUCACAAGCAGAGAGCAAAGUCUUCUAUUUGAAAAUGAAAGGAGAUUACUACCUCACUAUCUUUCUGCCUUACUGUCUGACCUUUCCAGGGCCCCAGGCAAUAGACACUGAAGGAUGGGACUUUGUCAAGGAACAUUUUCAUCAAUUUUUCCUGACCAAGAAGGAGUUGUUGCUCCUUUCCCUGGAGAAACAGCCACAGUUCCCACAACAGUUCCAUCUGAAUAAGAUGGACCUACCAGACCAGCCAAUGCAUGCUGUGCUGCACCAGCCCUGCUGUGGGGUACCUGAGCUGGGUAACUCCUCCAUCUUCUCAGAAACUUCCAAACUGAAUAAGUACAUUGUGACAUAUAGGGUUAUCAACUACCCACAUGCUAUGAAGCCAUCCACAGUGAGUGACAUAAUGUAUAAUGCAGCUUCCUUAUGGAGCACUGUGACUCCCCUGAUCUUCCAGCAAGUGCAGAGUGAAGAUGCAGACAUCAAGAUUUCUUUCUUGAACUGGGAUCAUGGAGAUGAUUUGCCCUUUGAUGGGCCAGAUGGUGUCUUAGCCCAUGCCUUUUUACCAAAUUCUGUAAAUCCAGGAGUUAUCCAUUUUGACAACAAUGAACAUUGGUCAUCUUCAAACACGGGUUAUAAUCUGUUCCUGGUUGCCACUCAUGAAAUAGGUCAUUCUCUAGGCCUGUACCACUCUGAGAAUCAAAACUCCAUAAUGUACCCCAUGUACCAGUAUCACAACCCUAGAACCUUCCAUCUUGGUGCUGAUGAUAUAAAGAAUCCAGCAAAUUUAUGGUCUGUUCCUGCUGGGGGUGGGCAAGGGCAGGAAAAUCCACUUGAAAUUGACUAUUUUCUUCUGUUUCCACAAGGAGAAAGAUAUUGGUCUGAAACAGCCUAA